GAAGUAGUCGCCGUGCCGCGGUUCUCAUGACAACGGAGUUAAUGCUCCUGUCUUAUCUCCAGCUCUAAGUGAACGGGUGUAGGCAGGCGUCAUCCAAUGGACAGGACCCGGGCACGACCGCGUGCCCUCCCACCGAUGCCAAGCACAUAUCAGGAGAAUGAAAUUCCCAUCAACCGCCCAAAAAAGAAAAAGUCCAAGCCAUCUAACAGUGCAUUAGAGGAUGUUGUGCAAGACACAGGUUUAAAAACCUCAGAGAGUAAAGAAACUCUUACACCUGAAAGGCGAAAAAGGAAAAAAAAGAAGCUUACAGAAGUUGAGACCGCCUUCACCAAGCAGAACCACAAUGCUUCCUCAGUAAUCCAGAAUGGUAAUGACGUAGACUCCCAGCCUUCUGAUGAAGGGAUUGUCCGUAAACCUCGCAGAAGGACCAAAAAAACUAGGCCUGCGGAACAUGGAUUUCCUAAUGACCUGGGUGUAGAAGAAGAAGACAUCAUACCUGAAGGGCAGAUUAAACUCCCGGAACAGCAUCCGGCUUUUAUUGUACCCUCCCUGACAAGCCAGCCUGUGGGCAAGUUAUUUGUUGAGAAGAAUAGGAAAUUUCAAGCUGCAGAUCGUUCUGGUAUCAUCAAAACAACAGAAGAAGUGGAUGAUUUCCUGGAUAUUAAACCUACAUGGCGCAGUAUGGAUGUGUCCCUGACCGUGCAUCGCAGCUUUAGGAUGAUCGGGCUGUUCUGCAGUGGAUUCCUAUCUGGGUACACCCUGUGGAACAUUGUGGUGAUUUAUGUCCUUGCUGGCAGCCAGAUAACUACUCUACCUAAGCUGCUUGAAAUUUAUAAAGACUUAGCUUAUCCAUCCCAGUGCUUCUUGUAUUUCCUGUUGGUUCUCAGCGCAGUUUCUGCAUUUGAUCGGAUUGACCUGGCCAGUGUGUCAAAUGCAUUCCGUGGUCUUGUUACACUGGACCCAUCUGCCGUGGCGUCAUUCUUGUAUUUUGUCGCUCUUUUUCUUGCACUGAGUCAGCAAAUGACAAGUGACAGGAUAAACUUCUACACACCUCCAACGCAGAAUGGCAGCUUGUGGCAAGAAGAUACAGAGGGACAGAUCCUUCAGCCUUGGGUUGUCCUCAAUUUGGUUGUAACUCUGUUGGUCGGCCUUGCCUGGCUGUUUUUAUCAUGUCGGCCAGACUUGGAUCACAGUGAAGAAUCCAUCUUCAUCCCAGAAGAAGAUGAUUACCCAGACAUGGAGAAGGGGAUGAAAAUUCAAGCGUGAAUUGUGUUCAGACACAUCAAUGAUGCCUUUGUUUUUUUAUACUUCUUUAUAUACCUUUUUUAUAUGCAUUCUUUUUAUCCUGUUUUACAUUGUUUUUAUACUUUUAAAAAAUAAUAUAUUUUUGUCAAUUGUACAUUCAGAAUUGUAAAUGAAAUAUGUUUUGAUAAUGAUUCUUUUUAAAGUGUACAAAUUUGAUGGAAA